AUGGCAAUCACCAGCUUGGACCCAGGACCAGGCGUCGCCGCCAUGCAAUCCUUCGAGGGCCACGCUGAAGCAUACGGCUCAAACCAGACCGUCAUCGACAAGGUUUUGCCAGAAAUGCUCCACCUUAUUGACCCACACUGGUACCAGUUUCCACCUUUGAACCCACUAUGGCACGGUCUUCUAGGAUUUACCAUUGGCUGUCUGGCUUUCAUUUCCAUUACUGGCAACGGCAUGGUGGUUUACAUUUUCUCGACGACCAAGAGUCUCAAGACGCCUUCAAACCUGCUAGUCGUUAACUUGGCUUUCUCCGACUUUUUGAUGAUGGCUAUGAUGGCUCCGCCGAUGAUAGUGAAUUGUUACAACGAAACAUGGGUCUUUGGUCCAACCGCUUGCCAAUUCUACGCCUGCUUCGGGUCUCUAUAUGGAUGCGUUUCGAUCUGGACCAUGACAGCGAUUGCCUUCGACCGAUACAAUGUGAUCGUAAAAGGUAUUGCUGCGAAACCCUUGACCAUCAACGGUGCUUUACUGAGGAUCCUUGGAGUAUGGCUGUUCUCUUUGGGAUGGACUGUUGCGCCAAUCUUUGGCUGGGGCCGAUACGUUCCUGAGGGUAACAUGACCGCUUGCGGAACUGACUACCUGAGCAAGGACUGGAUCAGCCGAAGCUACAUCAUCCUUUAUGCUGUGGCCUGCUACUUCUUGCCUCUUUUCCUCAUUGUCUACUCGUACUGGUUCAUUGUACAGGCUGUUGCAGCCCACGAAAGGGCCAUGAGGGAACAGGCUAAGAAAAUGAACGUGGCUUCACUUAGGUCUUCAGAACAGGCGAACACCAGCGCUGAGUGCAAAUUGGCUAAGGUUGCACUGAUGACCAUUUCUCUGUGGUUCAUGGCGUGGACCCCAUACCUGGUUAUUAACUUCGCGGGUGUAUUCGAGACCUCACCAAUCAGCCCUCUGUCAACCAUCUGGGGCUCUGUCUUCGCCAAAGCUAAUGCCGUGUACAAUCCUAUUGUAUAUGGCAUCAGCCACCCGAAAUACCGCGCUGCUUUAUACCAGAGGUUCCCGGCUUUGGCCUGCCAGCCAUCACCUGCAGAGGAUACUGGCUCAGUGGCCUCCGCUGCGACCGCAUGCACCGAAGAGAAACCAUCUGCCUAA